UUUCCAUCCAUCAGAGGCAAACUUGAACUUUUUCUACACUUUUUCCAUCGGCGUUGUCUUGAAAGAUGAAAACUUGAAAACUUUGAAAGUUUCAAUAAGUUCUAAUUAGCAUAGAGUGAUUUAUAAUGAAAAUAUCAUCUCAGGGAUCCUAGUCAUUAUAAUUUUUCAACAAUUUCAAUCUGUGCGAAUCUGCGAAAGAUUCAAUAAGUACAUAGUCUAUAGUCUGAUUUUUCAGGUCAAAAUGUUCAUCUUCCGAAUAUCUCGCAGAAGUUUCCAAACGUCAAGUAUAUGGCUAGCUACUGAUAAGGCUUUACUCUCGAAACUGCGUAAAAGUACAGGAUACACUUUUGCUAACUGUAAAAAAGCUUUGGAAGUAUCAAACAACGAUUUGGCCAAAGCCGAACAAUGGUUGAAAGAACAAGCAUUGGCUCUUGGUUGGGCCAAAGCGGCCAAAGUCGCUGGUAGAUCGACAUCGCAAGGAUUAAUCGCCAUAACAACCGAUCCUAAGACAGCUUCUGUAGUCGAAAUUAACUGCGAAACAGAUUUCGUAGCGAAAAACGCUACUUUUCGAGAAGUCGUCAUUAAAGCGUCGAAUGCUUGUUUUAAUGUCGCUAAAAGUCAAACUAAUUUCAUCGACUCGGUUGCCAAGAUGAAUUUGGAGACGGCGCAACUAAGCCAAUUGCAUAGCCCCGAUGGUAAACCAUUAUCAGACGAGAUUGCUCUUCUUGUCUCACAAGUUGGUGAAAAUGUUUCCCUCAGAAGAGCCAUGUGUUUGAACGUAGCCGAUGAUUUAUUCGUUGCUGGUUGUACUCAUCCAUCUCUCGACGUACAAGGAUCGACGUUGACUGGAAAAUACGGCUCGUUAUUACUUUACAAAAAGAAUUCCAAUGAAACUGAAGCCGACCACAUUGCAAAACAGUUAUGUGUGCACGUUAUAGGAAUGAAACCAUCUAAAAUAGGCGAUAUUGAAAAAGAUCUUCCUAAAGAAAACAAAGACGAAGAAACUGUCAUGAUUCAUCAGGAGUUCAUUAUGGAACCUGAAACACCAGUGUUUGAAAUUUUAACCAGUUCAGGGCUCUCUUUGGUAGAAUUUUUCAGAUUCGAAUGCGGAGAAGAAAUUAAACCUAUCGAUAGUAGCGAAAAUAAUAAAGAAGAGGCCGAGAAAAUGUACGCUGAGGCUGCUAAAUAAGAAUUUUUAUGUUUAAGUUCACCGCAUAUGAUAUUUAUGUAGUUGGUUAAUGAUAUUAAAUGAUUUAUUUUUUAAAUCGUGAUAA